UGUCUCAUCCCAUGAUUAGUCAACAAGAAGCACAAUUAAUUAAGAGAAUUGUUUUAUUUAAGGCCAGACUAAAUGUAUGGUGCCUUUACCACCUUCUUCCUGUACUCUUCACACUCAUAUCUCAAAAUCUGCACUUGCCACCUACUUACAUGGCUUCUAUUUCUAAAAGUACAGCAAGUCCCCAGUUUUUUGUCUCUGGUCCACUUCAAAUCCCCAGAAUAACAAAGAAGUUCAAGAUUGGAAUAUGUCAGCUGAAAGUGACCACAGAGAAGAGUGCUAACAUCUUCGAUGCUCGUAAUAUGAUUGAAGCUGCUGCAGAACAAGGUGCAAGUCUUAUACUUUUGCCUGAAAUGUGGAAUUGCCCUUAUUCAACUGACUUAUUUGCAAAGUUUGCUGAGGACUUCAAUGAUAUAGAAAGCUCCCCGUCAUUGGUUAUGUUAUCUGAAGUUGCUGCUUCCUUAGGAGUCACCAUUAUAGGUGGAUCGAUUCCGGAAAAGGAUGCUGGUCAGCUGUACAAUACUUGCUCUGUGUUUGGACCUAAUGGAGAAUUAAAGGCUAAGCACAGAAAAAUACAUUUGUUUGACAUGGGUAAGCCACUGCCAGGAGAAGUUCAAUUUAAGGAAUCAAAUAUCAUUUCAGCAGGAGAGAAGCCUACCAUUGUUGAUACAGAUUUUGGACGCAUUGGAAUAGGAAUUUGUCACGAUAUACGAUUUCCUGAACUGGCAAUGUCAUAUAGUGCUAGAGGUGCUCGUCUAAUAUGUUACCCUGGAGCAUUCAACAUGAGUACUGGGGCAGCUCUGUGGGAGCUGGAGCAAAGAACAAGGGCAGUAGAUAACCAGCUUUAUGUGGCAUCCUGCUCCCCAUCUCGAGAUUCAGCCAGUAGCUACAUGAUAUGGGGUCACUCCACUGUGGUUGGACCGAUGGGUGAAAUAAUUGCAACCACUGGGCAUGAGGAAGCAGUUCUAAUUGCUGAAAUUGAUUAUGCUGCAAUUCAACAGACAAGGGAAAGCCUCCCUUUAGAGAGCCAGAGGCGCAAUGACAUUUAUCAAUUCGUAGAUUUGCUUGGAGAAAGUCCUACGAGGUUUUAAGAGUAGGGUAUUUUGAUCAGAUUGCAUCUCAUGGCUAAAUGAAAUUCUGAAAUGGGAUUUUGCAGGAGUUCUUUAUCACAAAGAAAAUGCUUUGCUAAUUUUGUUGGCAACCAGUGCUUGUAUCUUCUUUUUUAUGUUUAUUCCAAAAAGCAUUUGUUAACAGCUUUGAUAAUAUUUGGCAUCAAGAUUAUUUUGCAAAAGAUUACAAGGGUUUGGAAAA